AUGCUUUUAGUCACAGCAACACGAUCAGCUGCAUACGUUUCUGGCCGCACAUUAUUUAAUCGAGAAACAGAGAUUGUGUACAGAGUAAAGUGACAUUUUUAUAAUUUUACGUUUUGUCUGGUUGAAUAAAGAGAGUCAUCCGAUUGCUGUCAGCAAUGGAAAUACGUUCUAGAGAACAUUUACAAGAAUUGCAGAAACUGUUGCGAGAAGUAGAACCUGCCGAUGAACCUAUGGAUGAGGAAAGCUUAUCAGAUGAUCAACAAUCGAUUGACACAAAACUUCUUAGUUCAAUGAAGGAAAGUUCAAGAAAGGAGAUGUUAAGAAGGGUGCAGUCUAUGUACACAAGCCAUUCUAUUCCUUGCAAUAUUCCCAAUAUUGACUGGUUCGUUACACCGCAGGAGAAGGAAAGACAAAAAACAGACCAUGUACCCGAAGCGUUAGGCGCUGCGAAGGAUGUGAACACUCCACUAGAAGCAUGGUCUCUCCUUUUUACUGAUGAAAUGUUAAAUAUAAUUAUCAAAUAUACUAACGCUGAGAUGGCACGGAAACGAGAACACAAUUUCACAGAUACAACUGAUUUAUCAGAUACUGAUCUUGAAGAAAUAAAAGCGUUUAUAGGAUUUUUAUACUUUUGUGGAUUACAAAAAAAUAAUCAUAAACGUCUCUUGAAAUUAUGGAGUACGCUUUCACCUUUGUACUCUUUAAGUAUGUCAAAAGUAACUCGCUUUGCACUUUUGUUACAAUGUUUACGGUUUGAUGACAAAAAUACACGUCAAGAACGUCGCCAGCGUGAUAAGUUAGCACCAAUUUGUGAUCUUUGGGAUUUAUUUGUAUCGAAUUGUAUGAAAUAUUAUUCACCGAGUAAAUAUGUAACAAUACAUAAGCAUUUACUAUGUUUCCGCGGAAGAUGUCCUUUUCGCGUAAGUUCCGAAGACAAAUACGGACUUGAAAUUGUUAUGAUGAACGAUUCAGAAACAUAUUAUAUGAUAAACGCUAUUCCUUACGUUGGGAAGAUCAAUACGAACCGUUCGGAGCCAGUACCUUGUUCCUAUGUACGUCAAUUAUCUAAGCCGAUCCAUAAGAGUCACAGAAACAUUACUUGUGAUAACUGGUUUACUUCUACUUCUCUCGUGCAAAUAAUGCAGGAAAAAUUUUCACUUAGUAUAGUAGGGGAAAUUGAACCAAAUAAGUUGAAUAUACCACAGGAAAUGAAAGAUUUCACAGAAGUUAAUAGUAUACGUUUUCGUUAUGCUGAUAACAUGACAUUACUUUCAUAUUGUCCUAAAAUAAAUAAAACUGUUUUAAUAUUAUCUUCUUUACAUGAACAAAACGAUAUAAAUCUUGGAGCAAACAUGAUUCAAUUUUACAAUUCUAUUAAAAGCAGCACUAACAUUUUUGAUCAAUUAUGUUACGAAUAUAGUACUGUACGUCCUUCUAAUCGUUGGCCGACACGAUUUUUCUUUGAUAUCCUUGAUUACACCAGUAUCAAUAGUUUCAUUUUAUAUACUUUAAACAAAAAUAACGAUAAGAUAGCAAGAUAUAAAUUUUUAGAAACAUUAGCUAAAAGUUUAAUCAUGCCAUAUAAAAAUAGACACUUGCCUUUAUAUACAAUCCCACAUCAAUUACAAAGUGCAAAAUGCAAAUGGUGUCCUGUCGAUUUAGAUAGUAAAAGUCUAACUUUUUGUCCUCAAUGCAAAGAACCACGAUGCGAGGAGCAUCGCUCAAUGUUAUGCGAAAAUUGUGCAACAUAAGCAGAUAAGCUUAUUUUUGUAUCAUUAUUACAUGUUUCAAAUAUGUUUUUUUAUAAUUUGUCUCCAAAAUAUACUAAUGUAUAAUAACUAUAUAUUGAAAUAUGGUGAACAGCACACGUAUAUCCGCAAACAGUAUACGUAUUUAUGUUCUCAUAUUAUUUUCAUUGACAAAUUAUGUAAAAAUAUAAAGGAUUGGUUGCACAUAUACGUAUAUUUUUUGUCAUGUUUUAGUAUAUGGAUUAGGUUAGAGUUUUGGGGAAGUGAUGCGGAAAAAGGGUUCGGAGUCCUUCCCCCGCGCAUAUGCGUGUACUGUUUACCAUAUUUCAAUGUAUAUUGUAUACCAAAAUUAAGUUCCGUUUGAACAAUUUUUUUGUUAUUAACUUUUUAUUAAACAAUGAGAGCCAGUUAACAUCUUUUGAAUGUUAUUCUGGGCAGUAAAUAUGAGAACAUAUAUUAAGGUUAAGCUCAUUCCUCUGUACUCGAUAAUUAUCUAAAAAAUAAUUAUUAUGAAUGUAUCUUUACUUCUUCGAUAUACCGCCAAAGAAUUACAGCGCUUCCGACUUAUAAACUUAAAGUUAAUAAAAUUGUUUAAAAUAACGAAAAAAUAAUUGCCCAAUAAAAUUAAUGAGAUGCAAUUUGUAAGUGUCAUAAUAUGUAAUCGUUUUUAUUUUGAAAGUAAUAAAAUAUUUAAAAAAUGCCGUAAUAAGAAUUUCAUUU